CUCACGACUCACGAUACACCAUUGAACCACGACCAUGGCAAACGAAACUGAGGCGGCGCCCACUGCCUGCCCCGUCGACCAUACCACGCGAGAAGCCUGGCUCGCACAGGCAAAAAAAGCCGGCCAACAAGCUCCACACCCGCAUGCACCUGCCAUAGCGCCCUCACCAUCUCCAUCCCCCCUCGUAGCCCAGAGCUGCGACUCUUCCGAAAUCGACCAAUCCCCCUCGCAGUCACAAUCAUCAUAUGCCUCCCGCAUCUGGUCGCGCCUGGGCACCGACCGCGAGGUCUCCACCAUCCCGCGCGCACUACCGGAGCACGCUGCAACUAAGCCCGCGAAUAAUGAGCAAGAAACAGGCGCGGAUAAAAGGAGCGGGAACUGGAUAUACCCGUCCGAGCAAAUGUUCUUCAACGCUAUGAAGCGGAAGAACUUCGAUCCCGAAGCCACGGACAUGAAGUCAAUAGUGCCAAUCCACAAUGCCGUGAACGAGAGGGCAUGGGGUGAAAUCAAGAACUGGGAAAAGGGGCGGGGCGCUGAUGCAUGCGGUGGUCCGAGACUUGAGUCCUUCAGCGGCCUCUCCUCCGCGCUCACACCGAGAGCGCGGAUUAAUACGUGGAUGGGCUACCAAGCCCCCUUCGAUCGGCAUGACUGGGUUGUAGACCGGUGCGGGAAGAAGGUUGAGUAUGUGAUUGAUUUCUACGCGGGCAAAGUUGAGAACGAGGGUAAGGGAUUAAAUUUCUACUUGGACGUGAGGCCGAAGUUGAAUAGCUUCGAGGGGUGGAAGAUGAGGGCGCUGAAUACGGUUGGGUUAUAACGAGACUGAGUUUACACAAGCCAAUAGACGAGAGAGUGUGCAUUAGAUUGGUGUUUUUGGGUAGAUGGGGCAUUUUGGGGGGGAUGUAUUAGUACUUGUAUGUCAGUGUAGGUCAUUGUAUCAAAAUCUACUCAUGCG